AUGAGCUCCUCCGAGGACGAUACCCCCCUCGUACGCGCGAAUGGUCGUGCUAAUGCGAAGAGCAACGUGAAGUCCCCUGACGUCAAAAUGGAAGAUGCCAGUGCCCCAAUAGCCAAUGGUCACAUCGACCCCGGUGUCUCUAUUCGGUUUGGCCCCGUGCAAGACAAGGACGUCAACAUGGAGGACGCUGAGGGCGAUGCGCGUGGGCUCAGCAAGCGCAAAUCCCGUGCAAGUGUGGAUCAGAAGAAGUUCUAUAUAGAACCUGAAUCGAGUGAGGAAGAGGAUCAACCAUUGAGCAAACGUCGCCGGACGUCGGUGAAGCACGAGGAUCCCGAAACAGACGACGAUGUGCCUCUGGCACUCAACGGAAGAAAGCUGCCCAAGGCUUCCGAGACGGCUAUCGGGGACGAGUCGGACUCGGAUGUUCCAAUCGAAAGAAAGCUUUCUGCCGAAAAGAAGAAGAUUGAACAGAACGCGGCCAAGGACGCAAAAGCUACGCGGAAACCUGCAGCUCCGAAGAAGGAGGCCAAGCCCGCGGCAGCCAAAAAGCAGACCAACGGUGUCAAGAAGGAACCCCUUGACAACAAGGCCGCUCUGAAAAAAGUGAAAGCAGAGCCAGUGACCCCUAAGAAGAGCAAGGGCAAAGCCACCGCAGUCAAGGCAGAGAGCGAGGACGCGGAUGAGAAAGAGGAAGAAGAUGAAUACCGGUGGUGGGAAGACCCCACCAAGAGCGAUGGGACCACCAAAUGGACGACGCUGGAGCACAACGGCGUGGUUUUCCCUCCUCCGUAUGAACCAUUACCCAAGAACGUCAAAAUGAAGUAUGACGGAAUUCCAGUCACGCUCGCGCCUGAAGCCGAAGAGGUUGCUGGGUUUUUCGGAACCAUGCUUAAUUCCACCCACAAUGUGGAGAACCCUGUGUUCCAGAAAAACUUCUUCAUGGACUUCAAGGAUAUUCUCAAGGAGACCGGGGGUGCGAAAGAUUCCAAAGGCAACAAGGUUGACAUCAAGGAGUUUUCCAAGUGCGACUUCAAGCCUAUGUUCGAGUUCUUCGAUGCCCAGCGUGACGAAAAGAGAAACCUGCCUGCGGCCGAGAAAAAGCGCCUCAAAGCUGAGAAAGAUGAGCAAGAGGGUCCUUACAUGUUCUGCACUUGGGACGGUCGCAAGCAGAAGGUAGGAAACUUCCGUGUGGAACCUCCUUCGCUCUUCCGUGGACGAGGCGAGCACCCCAAAACUGGCCGUGUCAAGACCAGAGUGCAGCCUGAGCAAAUCACCAUCAACAUCGGCAAGGAGGCCAAGGUCCCGCCACCCCCAGAAGGCCACCGCUGGAAGGAGGUGAAACAUGACCGAGAAGGGACUUGGCUUGCUAUGUGGCAGGAGAACAUCAACGGCAACUACAAGUAUGUGAUGUUGGCCGCCAAUUCCGACGUCAAAGGACAAAGCGAUUACAAGAAAUUCGAGAAGGCCCGUGAGCUCAAGAAAUACAUCGACCGGAUUCGCAAGGACUACCAAAAGAACCUCAAGCAUGACAUGAUGGUGGAGCGCCAAAAGGCCACAGCUGUUUACCUCAUUGAUCAAUUUGCUCUCCGUGCCGGAAAUGAGAAAGGUGAAGAUGAGGCGGAAACUGUUGGCUGCUGCUCUCUCAAGUACGAAAACAUCACUCUCAAGCCGCCGAACACGGUCGUUUUCGAUUUCCUGGGUAAGGAUAGCAUUCGGUUUUAUGACGAGGUCAAGGUGGACCCGCAAGUUUUCAAGAAUUUGAAAAUCUUUAAGAAGGCCCCCAAGAAAAAUGGAGACGAGGUUUUUGACCGGUUGACGACUUCUGCUCUCAACAAGCACCUUCAGAACUACAUGCCGGGCUUGACUGCUAAGGUGUUCCGUACCUACAACGCUUCCUUUACCAUGGGCAACCUGCUGAGGGAAAUGAAAGCCACGGGUACAGUCGCCGAGAAAGUCAAGGCGUACAAUGAUGCGAACCGCAAGGUUGCUAUCCUUUGUAACCACAAGCGAACCGUCACCGCCGGGCAUGCGAACCAGAUGGAGAAGAUGAGCGAACGGAUCAAAGGACUUCGCUACCAAAAGUGGCGGAUGAAGCAGCAGAUGCUCGAUCUGGAGCCCAGCCUGAAGAAAAAGAAGGGCGCCUCAUUCUUUGAAUUGGACGAGGAUCUCGACCAGGACUGGGUCAAGGAGCACCAAGCUUUCCUUAUGGAGGAACAGACUCAGAAAAUAAAGAAGAAGUUCGAGAAAGACAACGAGAAGCGGGUCGCCGAGGGCGAGAAGGAGAUGAAGGCUUCUGAACUCGAGGAGCGCCUGCAGGUCGUCAAAGAGAUGGAUAAGAAAUUCAAUAAGGAGAACAAGACCGGCAAGGUGGAGGCUGAGGGCAGGGGGCCUUCGGUUGAAAAGCUUGAGGCCAACAUUGUCAAGCUUGACCAGCGCGUCGAGAACAUGUCCGUCCAGGCCCAGGAUAAAGAAGACAACAAAGAGGUCGCGCUGGGAACUUCGAAGAUCAACUACAUUGAUCCCCGUCUCUCUGUUGUUUUCAGCAAGAAGUUUGACGUGCCCAUUGAGAAGUUCUUUUCCAAGGCCCUCCGUGAGAAGUUCGAGUGGGCCAUCAAGUCGGUUGAAGAGGAUUGGGAGUUCUAA